AUGACACAUAACAUACCAGACAAUCGUGAUAUUUCCUGUUAUCAUGUAACUAAACAUUCAUGGCGUGGUAAAUAUAAACGCAUAUUUUCCAUUGGUACACAUGGUAUUAGUACAUAUGAACCAUCAACACUUGGUCUUACAAAUGCUUGGUCAUAUGAUCAAGUUGUAUCAUUAACAUUAUCAAAAUCUUCGAAUACAUCCGAUAAAUCUCAACAAUCAAUAUCAAAUUCAUCGCCAAUAGCAGAAUUUAUAUUAACAUUUCGAACAAAAUCAAAAAAAAAUGAUACAAUGCGUUUUUCAAGUGAAUAUCGUUCGGAUAUCAUCACUGAUGCCUUACGUUUUCAAACAUUAUUUUAUCAUCAUCAACAAGCAACAAGUCAGCCAAAAGUAAUACACGCAACAAAAAUUCAUUGGUCAUCACAACGUUUACCAGUACUUUUACGUAUACAAUCACAUUGUAUUGAUCAAAUUGAUGCAACUACAAAUCGUUAUUUAUGUUCAUAUGAAUAUAAAGAUAUUGAACAAUUAAUUCCAUUAACAAGUGAAGGUGAUACAACCGUACGUGGAUUUCUUAUACAAGAUAAACAUUAUUCACGUUUACAUGCAUUUGUUACAACAGAAACAUCAACAUUAUUUCAAAAUAUAAUUGAUUCAGCACAUACAAAUAUAGGUGUACAAAUACGUUUAUCAAAAAAAUCUUAUACACUUAAUGAUUAUAAUCAAUUACGUUUUGGUCCAACAUAUAUAUCUGAUGAACAUUUAACAUCAUUUGCAGAAUUUAUUGUUUAUAAACAUUCAUCAAGACAUGUUGAUCAUGUUCGACGUUUACUUUGUUUAACUGAAACAUGUUUAAUUGAACGUGAUCCAGCUACAUAUCAUAUAUGUACAUUAAAACCAUUAAAUGAAAUAUUUGGUCUUGUACGACAUAAAGAUUCAUUACAAGAAUUUACUAUUGAAUAUAUAAGAAAUAAUCCAACACGAUCAAAAUGUAAAUAUACAUCAACUGAACGUGAUAUUUUAUUAGCAACAUUAUUGGAUGGUGUACGUUCAGCAGGGAAUAAUGAUUGUUGUGUUAAAACAAAUCCAACUGAUAGAGGAAAACGUUUUGCACCAUUUGGACAUUUAGUUGAUGAUGAAGUUGAAAUACAACAUUUAAAAUUUCUUGUACAACCACCAUCGGGUCGACUUUCUACUCCACAAGAUUCACAUAAUCCAUCAGCAUCACAAGGUGGUGUUUCAUUUAAUGAAAUUCUUAAACGGUUUAAUGCAAAUGUACCUUAUAGUGGACUUAUUAAUGCUGUUUCAUCAGAAGGUAUGAUUAACUCUUCAUUUAUUCUUAAGAAAACAAAAAAAAAACAUUUUGACACUGAUUCAUAG